CCUUCCUCGUGCUGCCGUAGCAGCAGUAGCAGCAGUUGCCGCAGUAGCAGCAGUAGCAGCAGUAGCAGCAGUAGCUGCAGUAGCUGCAGUAUUCUAUUCAAAAUAAACUACAAUGAAUUUUAAAGUAUUUUUGUUCGUAUUCCUUACAUUGGUUGCGUUAGCAAUAACUCAAGCGGCAACUGCGGCUACAGCGGCUACUGCUGCUACUGCGGCUACUGCAGCACGAGGAAGGCGAGCUGCAGCUCCACAAGCAACUGCAGCUACCGCGGCUACUGCUGCUACUGCGGCUACUGCAGCACGAGGAAAGCGAGCUGCAGCUCCACAAGCAACUGCGGCUACGGCAGCUACUGCCGCUACUGCGGCUACUGCAGCUAGAGGACGGCGAGCUGCAGCUCCACAAGCAACUGCGGCUACGGCAGCUACUGCCGCUACUGCGGCUACUGCAGCUAGAGGACGUCGAGCUGCAGCUCCACAAGCAACUGCAGCUACAGCGGCUACUGCUGCUACUGCGGCAACUGCAGCUAGGGGACGGCGAGCUGCAGCUCCACAAGCAACUGCGGCUACGGCAGCUACUGCCGCUACUGCGGCUACUGCAGCUAGAGGACGUCGAGCUGCAGCUCCACAAGCAACUGCGGCUACUGCAGCUACUGCCGCUACUGCGGCUACUGCAGCUAGAGGACGACGAGCUGCAGCUCCACAAGCAACUGCAGCUACCGCGGCUACUGCUGCUACUGCGGCAACUGCAGCUAGAGGACGGCGAGCUGCAGCUCCACAAGCAACUGCGGCUACUGCAGCUACUGCCGCUACUGCGGCUACUGCCGCUCGAGGACGGCGAGCUGCUGCUCCACAAGCAACUGCGGCUACUGCUGCUACUGCCGCUACUGCAGCUACUGCUGCACGAGGAAGGCGAGCUGCAGCCCGUGCCGCUACUGCAGCUACUGCGGCUACUGCAGCUACUGCAGCUACUGCAGCUACUGCAGCUACUGCAGCUACUGCAGCUACUGCAGCUACCGCGGCUACUGCAGCUACUGCGGCCACUGCAGCUACUGCAGCUUUUGCCGCACCAUCAAAUCUGGGAUAUCUUGCGACGGGCGGACAACAAUAUGGACAAGGAGGAUAUCGACAACAGGGAUAUGGACAACAAGGAUAUGGACAACAAGGAUACGGACAACAAGGAUAUGGACAACAAGGAUACGGACAACAAGGAUAUGGACAACAAGGAUAUGGACAACAGGGAUAUGGACAACAAGGAUAUGGAGGUAACCAGGGUGGUGGUUACAUCGGUUGAAAUGGAAAUUAUGUGAUUUUAAUAAUAAUUUUGAAUUUGGCCGUUCAGCAGCGAUCCACUGAUCCACCAGGCCGGUUAUGUUUCCCAUUGAA